AUGAGAAACUGCAAGAGACCACCACGUCCACAUACGAGGAGUCAGGGAAGGCCGUCAAGAGACUUGCUUUAUCAACCUCCGACUGAUUAUUCGGAUGAAGAGAGUCAACGAAUCUUGGAGUUCAUGAAGAAACUGAAACAGGCCGAUCUUGAUGAACCAUCUCUCUUACUCGUCCAUCGAUUCUGCAGUGCGAUUCGGUUAUAUCGAUCUGGUUAUGCAACCUACACCAAUAUAAAAAACGGUUGCCUUUCGAUUCUCCAUGACAACCAAGGUUUGCUCGACGAGUUUCUUCAGCUUUUGUCGAGUUUUAAUUCCCCUGUAAUAAUUAGAAACAGCGAGAAGAAAGAGAACGCGGAAUCAGACCUGGAACGUACGGUAGGGUUCUUGAAGAAAAUCGAAGCCCUAGGCGAUAACGUGCACAGAGCGUUUAUAAGUGCGUUUGCUUUUCCAGUUGAUAUCGAGACUCUGAUGGAACAAGUCGACGAGAUUCUACGCGACCACACGUCUCUAAAAGAGGAGUUUAGAAAGUUCUUAGUCGAUUCCCGUUUACUCAAACGCAAACGCGAAGAAAGCGUGGAGGUCACGCCAUCGUAUCAGAUUAGACCUGAAGCUGAAGUGGGAUCUUCCUCUAAUGGGGUUUUAAAUGAGAAAUACUAUUUGGACAGUCCGUUUGAUCCCGAGGUCGCAUCAAAGAAGAAGAUUAAGCGUUGCCUCGAUAAGCCAAGGAAUACCCUUGAGGACAGAUACAUGAAGGACGACAUGCUCAUGCGUGACCUAGCUGCGGUUAUUUGGUUUGCUAAGGAUGCCUUGAAGGGCAAGAAACGCGUAAAGAAGCCUCCACUAGGAUUUAACAGAGUCUUGGACUGGUUUUACGAUGGUAAGGAGGUGCCACAAGAAUAUAAGACAUAUCCGAACCGUGCCGCAAUACAUAUGUUACCUCGGAUGGAGGAUGAGCAUAAGAUGAUGAUAAAGGCGAAAACAAGUAGGAUGAUACGUGCCUACAGCCGUGCGAAUCGAUCAGAAGGGUAA